CUCAGCUAAACUCUUUAACACAAAAAGGAACAACUGCCCCAAAACUACCAUCAACUACACACUUCAAGCCAUAACCUAACACUAGAAAGAAAGGGAAAAAAAUGAGCAACUCUGGUACUCUGUUCUUGCUAGUUUUCUUCUCUUUUCAUUGCCUAACUUCAAGCACUACUGCAAUAGCACCAGCUCCUGCUGUUGUUGCCGCCCCAAACACCACUUUCGUCACAACCCCUUUCAUCAAGGAAGCCUGCAGAGCCACUAGAUACUACCUUUUAUGCAUCCAAUGCCUGACCCCUUUCUCCAAAAUAGUGAAACAGAGUGAGAGGCAAAUAGCCAGAGUCGCUUUAGCAGUUUCCUUAGGCAAAGCUCGAUCCGCAGCAGUGUUUGUAACCAAGUUGGCUUCAGCAAAGAGACUCCAGCCCAGAGAGUAUCAGGCACUGAAGGAUUGCAUGAACAACAUGGCGGACAGCGUAGAUCAGCUCAACCAAUCCAUGCAAGAAAUGGGUCGGGUGAACAAUCGAUUGGCGGGUCAGGAUUUCAUAUGGCGGAUGAGCAAUGUUCAGACCUGGGUAAGUGCUGCUUUGACUGAUCAGAACACUUGCAGUGAUGGGUUUUCUGGGCGUUAUUUGUAUGGGGCUAAAUUCAAGGUUAUUGUAAGGAGAAGAGUUCUUUAUGUUGCUCAAGUCACUAGUAAUGCUCUGGCUCUGGUGAAUCGGUUUGCAUCCAGAUAUCGACCAAGAAUUAAUUCAGCCCCCAGUACUGUUCCUUGAACUUGAAAAUCUCCCCUGUUUUACUUUUUUUUUUCUUUUUUCUACAGUCCUUCUUCAAGCUCUGAAAGUUUUGUGCUUGUAAAUGGUUUGUACUUUGUAGUAUUACUGUAAAACUUUGAAAGUACUGUUAAAGAAACUGUGAAGUGAGUGUGUGACUGUGUGAGAGAUUGUGAGUACUAAAAAUGUGGUACAUGUAUCCAGUUUUUGUGCCAUGUUCUGUUGCAACUUUAGUGCUCUGUUUUUGUAUACUCCUCCAGUAAUGAAGCUUAUAUUAUGUGCCAUUGACUAGUAGAUAGUUUAUGAUUUGUGAGUCGUGCAUUUUAAACAGAGCAAUUUAAUGAAAAGACAGAGAUCAUAACUGGGAUUUUUCGACAUGAUUAGUGGAAAGACUUUCACUGAUCAUUAAAUGGUAUCCAUCUUCAUGACUUCAUCCUGAUCAUCAAUAAUUAAGGAAAAAGAAAAAAAAACCGAUGACUGAAAUUUUAAACUAGUCUGAUACUCUGAAAACCUG